CUGAUACAUGCUGUUUUGGUAGAGAAAUAAAAAAACUAGUCAGUGAUAAAACAGGAACAGUGCAGAUCAUGGGGAAUAAAGUCCAGUACCAUUUGACCCUGGUUAUGUUAUUAACUGGAGUGUUCGGUUUGGAGCCAAUAAUUGACAUGGAUGUGGAUAAUGUGACAGUAAAGGUGACAGACACCGCCAUACUGCCGUGCGCCAUUGACUUCAUGGGAGGCCACAAGGUGGUUUGGACUGACCAGUGGUCUACAUUGUUGACCCUGGAUGACCGGCGGAUAAUUGAUGAUCCACGUGUCAGUAUAGUGCGGCCUUAUAAGCGCGACUGGAACCUGCACAUCUGGAAUGUGACGUACGAAGACCAGGGCCCGUAUGAUUGCCAGGUCAACAGUGACCCUAUACAGUCCAAGAGGGUCAUGCUAAAUGUCCUUGUACCAUCGGAGAUUGUGGACAUCCUGUCAAGCCGGGACCGGACGGUACUGGAAGGGAGCACUGCCAUCCUUGUGUGUACUGUCACUGGGGUCCCGACUCCAGAGGUCUCCUGGUACAAACUGCCAUAUGAGGGACAAUCCAGCGCCAGAGAAAGGUUAGAUUUGAAACCCGGUCUCUAUAGGGGCAUCUAUACCUGUGCUUACACAGUUCGGCAAACAGUGAUUGGGAAAGCUGGAGAGCUGCUCUUUAUUCACAACAUUUCCCGCUUCUGUGAUGGAACAUACGAAUGUGUCGCUUAUAAUGGCGUUGACCCGGCAGUCACCCGCAGGAUGAAGGUCUUCGUUGAAUUUCGCCCAGAGGUGAAUAUGCUGACGAAGCAUAUCGGGCAGUAUGUCGGGCGGGAUACAGUUCUGUACUGUGAGGUCGUUGCCAACCCACACGGCGUCAUGGUCUGGAAAAAAGAUCGACGAGAUAUUGACUUGAUGAACAAGGAAAAGUAUACGGUGGACUAUUAUAAUGGUAACAUAGGUACCUUCAAGAAAACGCUCAUUCUGCAGAUACAUAAUAUCCAAGUGGAGGACUUUGGGAAAUAUGUCUGCUUUGCACGGAACAGCAUUGGUCAAAACAAAGAGUCCAUGAUAUUGUAUGAUUAUUCAGUACAUGAUUCACCGCCAACCAUCAUGCCUGAAACGAGUGUUAUAGAACCAUUUGCGAAAGCCCCCUCAAAAACUCCAACAACACAGAAGCCUGAUGAUAUUGAAAUACCCAGAGAAGGAAGCGGUGUUGGGACUGACAAAGAGUUAUUCCUGAAUGCUGUGACACAAGGCGCAAACAGACCGAACAAACCCUCAACAACUCUGAAUACACAUAAGCCCGACGCUAUUGAAAUACUUGGCCAAGGAAACGAUGAUAGGACUGACGGGGAGGUAUUUGCUAUUGAUGUGACAACAGGCAUCGGGCCACAACAGCCAAACAGGCCAAACCAGUCAGGUGAUGAAACGUUGCCCCCUGGAUCAAGUGUGAAAGGAGGUGAGGAUCCGUGCCCUACUAGUGCCUCGUCAGAAUUAUACUCCAUCAGCCUUAUCAGCUCAUUGCUAUUAUCAUACACUGUUAGUUUCUAUAAAGUUCUGUAG